ACGAUAAAACUAUACAUAAGAUUAUUUGGCAGCUUAUUAUCGCAAGAAAUUCGCCUCUGUGGGAGAGAGUGUUAAGAUGAUUCUUAUCUCAUAAUGGAACUCAUUAGUCUGCAGUAUAUAAUGAGAAGAAGUUGAAUUUUAAUUCAUACUUCUCAGCCGGUUGCUUGGAAAGGGUCACAGCCACCAUCGCAUAAAGUGCCAAAGACACUUUUAAAAUUUCUCGACAUUUACGCUGACUGCAGAUAUGCUGAAAGUUCUGUGUUUCGUGGCAUUGGUGGCUCUCCUGCAGCAAGUGUCAGCAAACCACUUGGCGGCUGGAGAGGGAGGAUAUGCGGCUAGUCGGUCCACCAGCCAGACCCAAACCCCGACCUAUGGCAGCCAGUAUGCCAGUUCUUAUGGUAGUCCAUAUGGCAGCCAGUAUGCCAGUUCUUAUGGCAGUCCAUAUGGCAGUCAGUAUGGCAGUCCGUAUGGCAAUCAAUAUGGCAGCUCUCCAUAUGGCUUUUCUCCCUUCGGUGCCUCUCCCUACGGCGUCUCUCCCUUAGGGGCCUCUGCCUACGGAUCCUCUCCCUAUGGAUAUGGAUCCGCGUUCAGCGCCUCUACCUACGGUUCCCCCUAUGGGUCCUCUCUUUACGGGCCAGGUUACCCAGGAUAUGGAGCCGGAUACGAAACUGGAUACGGGGGAUAUGGCAAUGGAUAUAGCACAGGAUACGGAUAUGGCGGUUUUCCAACAUACGGUGGCGUAUAUCCUGGCUUUGGACAAGGUUACUGAUGGACGUACUCAUUGUGCGGCGUGGCUGUCAACUCUUGGGAUGGGAAUACGACACUACAACAGCACUGAUAUGAAAAAAUCCUCGUAGAUGUAUGUGCUGCUGAGGAGGGCCUUAACAUCUAUCAGCUUAGCUACGACUAAGAGAAAUAACGUCAUUAAGUGUCAAACUUACAUGUUCAACGUUAUGUUUAUUUUGUUCCACGUGUAAUCUGCAUAUUGGAGAGAUUUCUCGUAUAACGAAUCUGAGAGCCUUUCUAUGAAUCGUCAUUUUCUGUUACCAAAGGAUAUUAUGAACAAACAUUUUAAUCAAGCGCCAAUACAGUAUUGUUAUGCAUUUACAUACAAUAAAUUCAACGAUUUCUAUUUUCAA